UUCAUCGAAAAUAUUACCAUUGAAACUAACUCAGAAAUAUGACCGAAUUUAAGGCUUUUGAACCUGUUCUUCGGUCUGAACUUGAAGAUGAUACGAUUUGUUAUCUUCAAGAUGUCAAGGGUGGCAUUGUUAAUCGUGCAGCUUUGUUUGUUUCAGAGAAGACAAGCGACAAAUACUUCGUCAAAUAUCACGACGGCGAGCAGGACCUGGCAGAAACCAUGUUUUCCACAGAAAAGUACAGUCUGGAUUUGUUGGAACGAACCAAAAUUGUCCAUGUACCAAAAUCUAUCAAGAUUUUUGGCCUCCAAAAUCACAGAUUUAGAGGUGGAAUCCAUGUUCUGGAAUAUAUCGAGGAUCUUCAGCCAAUGACAGACUACUGGCCACAGCUUGGAGAACAGGUGGCCAGACUACAUUCAUACAACUCCAACCUGCGCAAGAAGGCUUCACAAAGUGAACAGAGCAUUCAUAGGAGUGAACACCUUCUUGAACCCAGAGACAAGUUUGGCUCUGACGUACCACACUUCAUAGGAACAUUCCAUCCCCGUGAUGGCUGGCGAGACACAUGGGAGGAAUACUUCCUAGGAGAUAUUGUCAAUCCUUUGUUUGAAGGUUUGGAACAGAAGCAUGGAGACCGUGUUGUGAGUGAGAAAUGGUCGGCCAUCAAACAACAUAUCCACAAAGUGUUUCAGUCAGCAGAUAUCCAGCCAGAGAUAAACCAUGGCGACCUUUGUCCAGCUAACUUUGGUCAGACUGCAGACGGGGCUGUGGUCUUUGACCCAUCGGUGAAUUAUGCUCACUCCGAGUUUGAUCUGAUUAUUGCCAAGACAGAGGGAGGUUUCCAUGAUGAUUUCUUCACAAGUUACUACAACAUUCUACCCAAAGCUAAAGGCUUUGAGGACCGCGUGCUUGUAUACGAGUUGUUCUACAAUGUCGUUAUGUGGUACCAUGUCCCUGAGGGACAGGCCAGGGAAGCAACCAUAAAAUCACUGGACCAAGUGAAGGAAUUGAUAAAAAAUAUAUCCAGUGCAAACUGAUUCUUCAACUUAUAUGUAUAUAAAAAUAUAAAAUUAUAUAAUCAGAGUGUUUUGCCUAUCUUAUAUAGAAAAUCAUAAAUGUAUUGUGUGAUAUA